GUUCGAAAUCCGAUCAAGUCAGCCAGAGGGAACCGGUUCAACUGCGGUGGCAGAUGCUCUCUUUCUCUCGCUGGCACCAAUAAUAACAAGUCUCGCUCAGUAGAUAUAGAUCCGAUGUGUCGUUCGGGCUUAAGCAAAGGUAAUGACGAGGCCAAAGCCCGGCGAGGGUAACGGGAAUUUCUUUUUACUAAUCCUUUGAGGUACGUAUAGCUUAAGGGGUUGCAGGCUCCAUGGAAGAUUGAAGUAAUAGUAUAUAUACCUUGGAGGAUCAAAGAGCUCUGAAGAGAACAUUUCUACUCAAGUCAAACGUGCAAGGCACAUCACCAAGCGGCUCCCCUUCUCUGAGACGACCUCAUACUCUCUGACCAGUGACCAGUCCAUAAAUCCUCCUCUCUGGUCUGAGCCAUACCACCAAUCUCAAAAUGACUUCCCAACUUAAUCCCAGGACGAAAUCUAUUCUUGUCAUCGGAUCUGGCGAACUCGGCUCGGUCAUCCUUCAAGCCCUCCUCUCGCAUUCGCUCUACGACGCCAAAGUAAGCAGCAUAAGCCUCCUGGUACGACCCUCCACAUUGUCCAACCCGUCACCUGAAAAGGCCAGACAGCAAGCCGAGUUUCGAGCGCUCGGCGUCAGACUGGUCCCAGGAGACAUUGAGGCCUCACAAGAUGAACUCACGGCUUUAUUCCGACCGUACACAUCCGUCCUCCAUGCAGGGGGCAUGGCGUUGCCAGCGGGGUCUCUGCUCAAACUCACCCGCGCCGUUCUCGCGGCCGAGGUUCAAUAUUACGUCCCCUGGCAACACGGCGUCGACUACGACGUGAUUGGCCGACAAGGAGGGCAAGGCAUGUUCUCCGAGCAGAUCGACGUUAGGAACCUCCUCCGGGCGCAAAGUUCUACGGCCUGGGUAGUGCUCAGCUGUGGGAUCUUCAUGAGUUUCCUCUUCGAGGAAUUCUGGGGUGUGGUCAAGAAGUUGCCGGACAAUGAUAACAAGGUUCAAGUCACCGCGUUGAAUUCAUGGGAGGAUGUUAUCACGACGACGAGAGCCGAGGAUAUCGCGCUAUGCACGGCCGAGUUGGUUUUUAGGGCUGAUGCACCCAUCAACAAGCCGGUGUACAUCGCCGGGGAUACCAUGACCUACGGGCAAUUUGCAGAUGUCGUGGGACGUGCACUAAACAGAGAAGUCGUUAAAAAGGUCUGGCCACUGGCAUUUUUGAGGGAAGAGAGUCAGAGGGAUCCAGGAGACAAGCUGAAGAGGUAUAGGGUGGUGUUUGCAGAGGGCAAGGGUCUGAGUUGGCCGAAAGAGGAAACGUGGAGUGCUCAACUAGGGUUGAAGUUGAUGGGGGUGGAAGAAUGGAUUCGACAGAAUUUGGUAUGAUGUGUGAAGUAUAUGAAUAUGAACCGUUCGAGAGUGUAGGAGGCUAUUGGAAGCCGUACAAAUGAAUCAAUGGUAAUGUUCUGGCACGGAGUCUGAUGUUCGGCACUUCUUGUUUAAUUACUCCUGGACUAAGAUCCUCUUACUCUGUAUCUUGAUGAUUUCAUUCGGCAGCCGGCAAAGAAA